CGAACAGGCUGAAGUGUAUUGCACCGGUAUAUUAGUGUAUGCUACUCGAACGUUGCCAUGCAGAGUAAAGUAAAUUUUGAAAAAAUCAUCUACUGAGAAUUCGAAUAUGCGCGCGUUAAUGAAGAGGAUUGACGCAAGUGGGGAUUCUAUAGAAAUCCCGUUUGGUGUUACAAUUCUUGGCCGUGGACACCUUUUGAACUGUAUGGAUAAGAGCAUCUCGAGACAUCAUGCUGAAAUCACGUUCAUUCCGGACGAAGGAAGCGUCAUUUUGAAAUCGACUCACUCCAAGCCAUGCUUUGUUUGGAAAGCUAGUGCGGAAACGCCGGAAUCAAUAGUCGCACCGGAGGAAGUACGGCUCGACAAUGAGUUCCGGUUUGCAUUCCACCCUAAUUCCUUCAUCUAUGCCGUGACGAUCAUCGACGAUGGUUUGUCCGAAGCGUCAAACGCACCAUUGACGCCGCAUCUCGAAGAAGAAGUACCGGCGCUCAAGUGCAAGGAUAUGAACGAAGCUGGUCCUUCCGUUUCUGAUCCAGAAGUUUCUGCGAUCAGAAAUGACUUGAAUCGCGCUUUAGAUCCUUCUCUGCCAGCCAAACUCGUUGAGCGUAAAAGGAGAUUACCCAGUUGGUUGAGCGAUUCGAAAGGACUGGAAAGCACUGCGAAGAAACCCAGGAAAUUGCCUCUGAAACCAAAUGACGGCGAAAGAAGAAAACGAAUCCGUAAAACGGAGGAAAGUCGAGUCCAUGUUUCCGAAUCCGAAAAAGCUGGUUCUGCUGCUCCGGAAAGUCAAAACGAACCGCCGGUUGACGUACCUUUUGAUUCAUCCCAUGCGCCUGACGAGGAAUCGGAUGAAAAAUCGAGUGAAGCAUCUACGAUCCCGUUUGCUUCACCUCGUCCGGUUUCCCCGGAAUCUGAAAACAAGGUUGAAUCAUCCCAGAGACGAUCUUGCGCUUUCGGUUCUACUUGUUAUCGUCGAAACCCGGCCCAUCGUGCAGAAUUGGCUCAUCCCGGAGACCCAGAUUACGUAGAACCCAAAGAAGAUGAGAAUGAUAUAGGCCGGAAUGCGACGGCCAAGCGGAGAAUAGAUUACGAGGAAGAAAGCGACGAAGACGAAUAUGACAUGGAUGAUCCGUUCAUGGCGAGUGACAGUGAAGUGGAAUAUUCUCCAACGGAUGAAGAGGAUGAUGAUGAUGACAUCGAAGAGGAGGAAGAAGGAGAAGAAAAUACGCAGGAAUUGAAAGAAGAGGCCAAGAAGGACCGCACAAGGAUGUUGAAGGAAGCCCAGCGGUUUUUGAAACGCGAUAAAAAGUAGUUUUUGUUUUUUUUUUAUUCGAAGUUCGUCCUGGAGGAAACCACUGAACGAGUGUAUCUUCAUUUCCCUGUUUUUAUUUCAAAAAAGCGAUCGCGUUUGCUAUUUUUCGGUCAGGUGGCAGUGGGAUCGUCUCCGUCUCGCGGGAUGGAAAAUAAGUCGUCUCUGGCCAAUGGAACCUUGUAAGCUCCGUAUUUGCAGAAAAAGUUCCAGGUUUUGUACCGUGCCACAUCUGCUCUGGUGAUCAUUCCAACUACCUGAAGAAGAAAAGAAAAAAAGAUAUUUCUGCUGUGAA